AUGAGAAAAGAUGCCAAGCGCUGCUCCAGCCUGGUGUUGAAAAGAGUGCAGCGCCAGAUCCACGUCCCGUACACCGUGUUCAUGUUACUCGCUGGCAUAUGGUUCUCCUACCAAGACCUGCAAACCCAGGGCAUUGGGUCUCUGUCCAACUGGUUGCGAAACAUCAAGUUCCACGUGCUCAUGGUGUUCGUGCCGGCAGCCACGGUCUACGCCACUCAAGGCAUCAACCAUUUCAUCUUUCGAAGGUGCCACCGGGAGAUCCUGGUGUUCGCCGUGGGCACCCUGGUCAUCAGCACAGCGGUUUCGGCACUGUACGCGUACAGCUUCCUGGGCCCCAUGAACAUCAACGACUGCCUGCUCUUCGGCAUCCUGCUCUGCUCCAACGAGCGACUGCCCAUAGCCGACCAGUUGUUCGAGGAAGGCCGAUACCCGAUUCUGACGACCAUGCUGCAAGCAGAGUCUAUCCUCAACAACCUCUUCGUCUGGUCCGUUUUGGACAUCAUCGAGGCGAACGAGCACCAAGGUCUGGCGACGAUACUGAAUCACCUGCUGCUAUCGCACGUAGUCGGUGCCUUGGGCGGCGUUGUCAUGGGCAUCGUGGCCAUAUGGUCACUGCGCGUGGCCCCGCAGAGCCAGAGCAGCAACACGUACCUGCACAUUUGCCUGACGUACUUCACCUUCUGCAUGCUCGAGGUGAUGGGUACGUCGGGCGUCGACGGCGUAGUCGCCUUCACCCUGGUCACGACGUCGCACCGCCUCGUUGCUUGCACCGAGCUCGAGGGUCUGCUUCACAAGUACUGGUCCACCAUCUACGACGUGUCCGGCUUCCUGUCGCUCUUCGUAUCCUCGCUCUACACGGGAGAGCUGCUGCUGAUAUUCUUCGGAAACGCCGCACUACCACAGGUCUCGCUGGCCUACUGUGUGCGCGUGCUGGCACGGCUGUUAUCGGUAGUGGCCCUGUUCCCCAUCCUCGAGCAGUUCGGCUACCCGGUCUCCUGGCGCCAAGCCGUGGUCACGAUAUGGAUGGGGCUGAAAGGGCCGCUCAACAUCACCGUCGUCACGUACCUCUACCACUACCAGUCGACCCUCAACGUAGACUACGUGGGAAGGACGUUCCCAAACAUUGUCUGCGAUGUAAUUCUGACCCAACUCGUUAACGUGACACUGCUGGAGUACGUCUUCAAGAUCUUUGGAGUGCUAGAGGUGUCAGAAAUAGAGCAGCGGACUAUGACAAGCGCCGUCACUUACCUGCGAGACCACGUGGUGCUGUCCAGUAGAAUGCAGAACAAGGACUCCUACUUUCUGCCGGUAGACUGGAAGUGGGUCAUGCGCCGCACGAUGAUCGCGAACCCGUUUGAUUUCGCGCCUAAACCUUGGGUAAGCCUGACAGCCAGCGCAGUCUUUUCUGUGCACUAG